AUGACUUCAGCAGAAAAUAGUAUAAUAGUAAUAUCUGGGCCAGUUUUACAAAAAUGUUCCGAUGGCACUUUGAGGGCAUUAACGGCCAUUUUGAACAAAGGCUAUGAUCUACCAAGAUACAAAUUCAAUGCUGUCCAAAGUGACAGAGUCCAAGACCAUGAAUCAUUCUGCCAUGACUUCGGUCUCGAUGAAGAAGGUACCAUGCUUUACCUUUUAGUGAAUGAUAUAAAGGAUAUCAGCAGUGAGCUGAAGUUAAUCGGAACAACAGGAAGUUAUCCAUUAUACAGCAGCGAUGUACCCGGCCAUUACAACUUUUCAUUUGAAAACGUCCUGGCUACAAUAGCUUACAAGACUUUCCCAGCCUCAGAAAUCCCAAAUUCAUUCGAGGUGACUGCUUUCACUUCAUUUGGUAAAGGCUGCGGUAUUGAAAUUGCCAAUGCCACUAUUGAGCACUUUAAAAAGGUCCAUCCAUCAUGUGACUCUCUGAUAGCUAAAGUCAUCACUAAUCAUGAUCUAGUUCCUUAUUAUGAGAAGAAGCUGAACUACAUUGAACUGGAUAGAAUUACGGUGCCAAAAAAGGAGACAGUGAAGGCAAAGUUCCACGAUAGUUUCAAGAUUGCUUGCGACAUUCAAGUUGCAACUUUGAAAAGAAUGAUUUAA